AUGGAGCUGCCUUGGAAUUUAGUCUUCACUGUCCUUUUAAGUUACUCAGGCUGGGGGUUAGACUGGGAGUCUGACAGAAAUUUCAUUUCAGCUGCUGGUCCUCUAACCAAUGCCUUGCUGCACAACCUGAGCAGCCCACUGGGAAACCAGGGCUCUAAUGUUGCAGCAGAUGACAAGGACAUUUAUAUUUGUCACCAGCCACUGCCCACCUUUCUACCAGAGUACUUCAACAGUGUUCAUGCCAACCAGGUCACCCAUUAUAAAAUAUUUCUGCCGUGGGCACAGCUGCUUCCAACAGGAAGCUCCAAGAAUCCAGAUGAGAAAAUGGUGCGGUGCUACCGGAGACUGCUGGAAGCCCUGGAAACUGCACAGCUUCACCCCAUGGUCAUCUUGCACCACCGGACACUGCCCUCUAGUAUCGUCUGGAGAAGCCAAGCCUUCGCUGAUCUCUUUGCUGACUAUGCCACAUUCGCCUUUCACUCCUUUGGGGACCUAGUUGGGAUCUGGUUCACUUUUAGUGACUUGGAGGAGGUGAUAACAGAACUUCCUUACCAGGAGUCAAGAACAUCAUGUCUCCAGGCCCUCAUGGACGCACACAGAAAAGUCUAUGAGAUCUACCACAACACAUUUGCUUCUCAAGGUGGAAAGCUUUCUGUGGUCCUACCAGCUGAAGAGAUUGCUGAGUUCCUGCUAGAACCAUCCACAUCUAUGCUUACCAAGGACUUGGUCGAUUUCCUCUCUCUCGAUUUGUCUUAUGAAUGCCAAAGUGAGGCAACUUUGCCACAGCAGCUGAGUAAAUUGCAGACCAUUGAGCCCAAAGCGAAAGUUUUCAUCUUCAACCUAAAACUCCAGGACUGCCCUUCCUCAAGGAAGAACCCCUCCAAUCUGCUCUUCAGCCUGAUCGAAGCCAUAAAUAAAGACCAAGUGCUCACCAUUGGAUUUGAUAUUAAUGCAUUCCUGAACUGUUCAUUAAGUUCCAAGAAGAGCAGCUCUUGUUCUCUGACCAACACCCUGACCCUCCAGGCUGAUCAGCAGCAGGAACAUGAAAUGGUAGUUCUCUCUUCUUCCCCUGUCUCCGCCUAUCAGAGGGUCUGGGAAAUGUUUGUGAACCAGUCCCAAAAAGAGAGGGAUGCUUUCCUGAGAGAUGUUUUUCCUGAAGGCUUUCUCUGGGGCGUCUCCACGGGAGCUUUUAAAGUGGAAGGAGGCUGGGCUGAGGAUGGACGGGGGCCAAGUGUCUGGGACCAACAUGGACACCAGCAAGCUGCUGAGGGCCAAGCAACGCCAGAGGUGGCCAGUGACAGUUACCACAAGGUGGACUCUGAUGUGGCCCUGCUUCGUGGCCUCCGGGUUCAGGUCUACAAGUUUUCCAUUUCCUGGUCCCGGAUCUUUCCCACUGGGCACAGCAGCAACCCUAGUCCUCAUGGUGUCGCCUACUACAACAAGCUGAUUGACAGCCUGCUGGACUCUCAUAUUGAACCCAUGGUGACCCUGUUCCACUGGGACCUGCCCCAGGUCCUACAGGAUGGAGGUGGGUGGCAGAAUGACAGUGUGGUGGAUGCUUUCCUGGACUAUGCAGCUUUCUGCUUCUCCACUUUUGGAGACCGUGUGAAGCUGUGGGUGACCUUCCACGAGCCAUGGGUGAUGAGCUAUGCGGGUUAUGGCACUGGCCAACAUGCACCGGGCAUCUCAGACCCAGGAGUGUCCUCUUUUAAGGUAGCUCACUUGGUCCUCAAGGCUCAUGCCAGAGUUUGGGACCACUACAACAGUCACCAUCGCCUGCAACACCAGGGGCACGUGGGCAUUGUGUUAAACUCAGACUGGGCAGAGCCCCUGUCCCCAGAGAAUCCUGAGGACCUGAGGGCCUCUGAGCGCUUCUUGCAAUUCAUGCUGGGCUGGUUUGCACACCCCAUCUUUGUGGAUGGUGACUACCCAGCUUCCCUGAAAGCUCAGAUCCAACAGAUGAACAAACAGUGCCCCAGACCUGUGGCUCAGCUCCCUGAGUUCACUGAGACAGAGAAGCAGUUGUUGAAAGGAUCAGCUGACUUUCUGGGACUGUCCCAUUACACUUCCCACCUCAUCAGUGAGGCUCAGCAAAACACAUGUAUCCCCAGCUUUGAUACCAUUGGAGGCUUCUCCCAACAUGUGGACCCUGAAUGGCCUCAGACCUCAUCCCCUUGGAUUCGUGUGGUGCCCUGGGGUUUAAGGAGGCUGUUGAAGUUUAUAUCCUUGGAAUACACAAAAGGAAACGUUCCAAUCUACAUAGCUGGGAAUGGCAUACCCAUAGAAGAAAGUGAAAAUCUCCUUGAUGAUUCCUUGAGAGUGGACUGCUUCAAUCAGUAUAUUAAUGAAGUGCUCAAAGCUAUCAAGGAGGACUCUGUGGAUGUUCGUUCUUACGUUGUUCGUUCCUUUGUUGAUGGCUUCGAAGGUCCCUCGGGCUACAGUCAGAGGUUUGGGCUUCACCAUGUCAACUUCAGUGACAGCAGCAAACCCAGAACUCCCAGGAGAUCUGCCUACUUUUUCACCAGCAUCAUUGAAAAGAAUGGCUUCCUCACUAAGGUUUCCUCACCAAAUAAGCUGCCACCACCUAUUACACCAAAUGACCCUCCCAAAAUUAGGGCCUUUGCUUUUCCAUCUGAGGUGCCUUCCAAGGCUAAAGUAGUUUGGGAAAAAUUCUCGAACCAACCCAAGUUUGAAAGAGAUCUGUUCUACCACGGCACGUUUCGGGAUGACUUUCUGUGGGGUGUGUCCUCUUCAGCCUAUCAAAUUGAAGGAGCUUGGGAUGCCGAUGGCAAAGGUCCCAGCAUUUGGGAUAAUUUUACUCACACACCAGGGAACAAUGUGAAAGACAAUGCCACUGGAGAUAUAGCCUGUGACAGCUAUAACCAAUUAGAUGCAGAUCUGAAUAUGCUCCGAGCUUUGAAGGUAAAGGCCUACCGUUUUUCUAUCUCCUGGUCUCGGAUUUUCCCAACUGGGAGAAACAGUUCUAUCAACAGUCAUGGUGUUGAUUAUUACAACAGGUUGAUCAAUGGCUUAAUGGCAAGCAACAUCACUCCCAUGGUGACACUAUUCCACUGGGACUUGCCACAAGCCCUCCAGGAUAUUGGAGGCUGGGAUAAUCCUUCCUUGAUUGAGAUAUUUGACAGCUAUGCAGACUUUUGUUUCCAGACCUUUGGUGACAGAGUCAAGUUCUGGAUGACCUUUAAUGAGCCCAUGUACCAGGCCUGGGUAGGUUAUGGCUCAGGGGAUUUUCCUCCAAAGGUGAAGGACCCAGGCUGGGCACCUUAUAGGAUUGGCCAUGCUGUCAUCAAAGCUCAUGCCAGAGUCUAUCACACUUAUGAUGAGAAGUAUAGGCAAAAGCAGAAGGGUGUGAUAUCACUGAGCCUUAAUGCACACUGGGCAGAGCCCAAGUCACCAGGGGUCCCAAGAGACGUGGAAGCUGCUGACCGAAUGCUGCAGUUCUCCCUGGGUUGGUUCGCCCACCCCAUUUUCAGAAAUGGAGACUAUCCCAAUGCCAUGAAGUGGACAGUGGGGAACAGGAGUGAACUACAACACCUAGCCGCCUCCCGUCUGCCAAGCUUCACUGAGGAAGAGAAGAGGUAUGUUAAGGGUACUGCCGAUGUCUUCUGCCUCAACACCUACUCCUCCAGGAUUGUGCAGCAUAAAACACCGAGGCUAAACCCACCUUCCUAUGAAGACGACCAGGAGACAACAGAGGAGGAGGAUGCUUCGUGGCCUUCCACGGCCAUGAGCAGAGCUGUGCCCUGGGGCUUACGAAGACUGCUAAACUGGGUCAAAGAAGAGUAUGGUGACAUUCCCAUUUACAUCACUGAAAAUGGAGUGGGGCUGACAAAUCCAAAAGUGGAGGACACCGAUAGGAUAUUUUACCAUAAAACCUACAUCAAUGAAGCUUUGAAAGCCUACAGGCUCGAUGGUGUAGACCUUCGAGGUUAUGUGGCAUGGUCUCUGAUGGACAACUUUGAAUGGCUGAAUGGCUAUACAGUCAAGUUUGGACUGUACUAUGUUAAUUUUAAUGACUUGAGCAGGCCAUGAACAGCAAGAGCCUCCACCAGGUACUACACAGAAGUCAUUACCAACAAUGGCAUGCCACUGCCCAAGGAAGAUGAGUUUCUGUAUGGACAGUUUCCUGACAACUUCAUCUGGAGUGCAGCUUCUGCUGCAUAUCAGAUCGAAGGUGCGUGGAGAGAAGAUGGCAAAGGACUCAGUAUUUGGGACACGUUUUCUCACACACCUCUAAGAGUGGGGAAUGAUGACACCGGAGACGUGGCCUGUGACAGUUAUCACAAGAUUGCCGAGGACGUGGCAGCUCUAAAGAACUUGGGUGUAUCCCACUACCGGUUUUCCAUCUCCUGGUCCCGCAUUCUCCCAGAUGGAACCACAAAGUACAUCAAUGAAGCAGGCCUGAACUACUAUGUGCGGCUUAUUGAUGCCCUUCUGGCUGCCAGCAUCAAGCCCCAGGUGACCAUUUACCACUGGGACUUGCCCCAGGCACUGCAGGAUGUUGGCGGCUGGGAGAAUGAUACUAUCAUUGAGCGCUUUAAAGACUAUGCAAAUGUGCUUUUCCAGAGGCUAGGAGACAAAGUGAAAUUUUGGAUCACGCUGAAUGAACCCUUUGUCAUUGCCAACCAGGGCUAUGGCUAUGGGACCUCAGCUCCAGGAAUUUCCUUUAGGCCUGGCACUGCCCCCUACAUUGUUGGCCACAACCUAAUAAAGGCUCAUGCUGAGGCCUGGCAUCUGUAUAACGAUGUGUACCGCGCCAGUCAAGGUGGCAUCAUUUCCAUCACCAUCAACAGCGACUGGGCUGAACCCAGAAACCCCUCCAGCCAGGAGGAUGUGGAGGCAGCCAGGAGAUACGUUCAGUUUAUGGGAGGCUGGUUUGCACAUCCUAUCUUCAAGAAUGGAGAUUACAACGAGGUGAUGAAGACACGGAUCCGAGAUAGGAGCUUGGCCUCAGGUCUCAACAAGUCCCGGCUCCCUGAGUUUACCGAGAGUGAAAAGAGGAGGAUCAACGGCACCUAUGACUUUUUUGGGUUCAAUCACUACACCAGUGUCCUGGCCUACAACCUCGACUACAAUUCUUGGAUCUCCUCCUUUGAUGCAGACAGGGGAGUUGCUUCCAUCACCGAUCGAUCUUGGCCAGACUCUGGCUCCUUCUGGCUAAAGAUGACACCUUUUGGCUUCAGGAGGAUCCUGAAUUGGUUAAAGGAGGAAUACAACAACCCAACGAUUUAUAUAACAGAAAAUGGAGUGUCCCAGCGGGAAGUAGACCUCAACGACACUGCAAGGAUCUACUACCUCCGCAGUUACAUCAAUGAAGCACUCAAAGCAACGGUACAGGAUAAGGUGGACAUCCGAGGAUACACGGUUUGGAGUGUGAUGGACAACUUUGAGUGGGCCACAGGCUUUGCCGAGAGGUUUGGGCUGCACUUUGUGAACUACACUGACCCUUCUCUGCCAAGGAUCCCCAAAGAGUCAGCCAAGUUCUAUGCCUCUGUAACACGGUGCAAUGGCUUCCCUGACCCUGCUGCAGGGCCUCAUCCUUGUCUCCAGCUGGAAGGUGCUGUUCCCACCGUCAGCCCCAUGAGCGAGAAGCAAGUUUGGUUCCUGGGGCUAACACUAAGUACGGCAGAAGCACAAACAGCUUUGUACGUAUUUUUUUCUCUUGUGCUUCUUGGAGUCUGUAGCGUGGCAUUUCUUUCAUACAAAUAUUGUAAGCGUUCCAAGCAAAACAAAGCACAGCCAAAUCAACAGGAAUUGAGUCAUCUCUCUUCAUUCUGA